AUGGAUCCCCGGGGCGGCGGCGGCAGCAGGAACGGUGGCAAGCCAUCGUCGGGUGCGUCAACGUUUGCCGACAGCGCCUAUCAUGCGGCGGAGCGUCGAAAACGGCGGCAGCAGUGCGAGACGACGCGGUGGUCCUACGAACUCCAGGACAUUCCCAGUAGAAUACGGAGGAUCCUCAAUGAUGUGAAUAUCGGCUACGUGGCUCGCUUGACGGUUGUCUGUGGGAUCACCUGUGGCAUGUCGUAUGCCCUCUAUCAUGCGUUUCUCGUUCGCUGGCAGGAGAAACGACCACUGGCAAAGCGAUCGCGCUUCGCUCCACUGGUGCCGGUGACGUUGCUUGAGAAGGACAAACUAGAGGGAAGUAACAUGAUGGUACUGCGCUUCGCACUGCCCAACAGCUACGACUACUGCGGCUACGAGCCGGUGAGUUCCGUACGGGUGACUUCUGGCAUUCUGCGUGAGCUGAGUCCCGUCAGCCGGUGGUACACACCCAUCAGCCAUCCCGAUCAGCGGGGCAUCGUCGAGUUCGCCAUCAAGGAUUGCGACCCAGGUCGCAUGGCAGCGCGGCUGCGGCGCCUCGAGCGCGGCGAUCGUGUUUAUCUUGGCCGCUGGAUGAAGGAGUUUCCAUAUAGGAAAAACACAUAUGGGGAGUUGGGCAUCGUUUGUACUACCUCAGGUGCCUCCAUUGCCCUGCAACUGAUGAACGUGCUCGACAAUGACAAGAGCGAUAACACGAAGGUGCGUCUCUUGUAUUGUCAUCACACUGCAAAGAGCAUCCCGUUUCGCGACGUGUUUGAUGCUUAUGCCAGCCGCAACCCGGACAGGAUAUCCGCAAAGUAUGAUGUGAUGUCGUUGGCCCGUCAAACAUUGGCUGACGGUGUUAAUCUUGGCGAAAACUUCUUUCUUGGACACAUUGACCCUAGCAUAGUAGAGAAGGCGCUCCCGCCUCCCAUCACGAUUGACCCCAAGACGGGGAAUGUGAUACGGCCAAAUAUCCUCAUCUGCGGGCCGCAAAGCAUGUUGUUGCCUCUCUGUGGGCGCGUGAGCUCGCUUGGUAAUUACUCCUACUGGCAGGGUCCAUUUUACAAGUAUUGUGGCUUCCUGAAGGAUAUGGGGUACAUUCGCAGCCAGGUGUACAGGUUUGGCGUCUCAACCCACAUGCUAGCCAACCAGUAA